GUUCUCGAUUCUCUCUCGUGGUACAGUUACCCUUCUCGUUGCUGCUGUGAAGGGUAUGCCCAGGAUAAUAUCUGUGCACCUCAUUCCCAACCUCCACCGUGCGUUGCAUCGGUCUCUCACUUGCGCAUGCAAGCCAACCUCGCCAGUCGCAAGCUUAAGUAAUCAAAAACCGCUACUCCUCAUUAUCGCCCAAUUUGAUCUCCAUCACGUGGGAUUUUUUCCCAUGUAAGAAGUCGAAGUAUUGGGUGCUGCAGGCGUCCUAGUUUACCCCAAGUCUUUUAUGAACGCCGGUAGCUGCAUUUAGUCACACACACUUGACUUAGAGUCACACUUCAAGAACCCGCCA